AGGGGCACUGCGGUUGGCAUUGUGGGGCGUUUUGUCUGGCACUGUGAGAAGUCCUGUUGCUGACAUUUUGCCUACAGUGCUUUGACUGGCUUUGGGGGCAUUGGAUCUGAUACUGUGGAGCCUGAGAAUGGCGGCCGCCGUGAUCUGCUGUAAGAUCUGGACGUCUUGGCACUGAAAUGACUUUUUAAUGAGAAAUGGAAAAAGUGACUUGCCGGUUCUGUGCAGGUGGAAAAAGGUUAACACAACUCGGCUGUCAGAUCUAGUUAUAAAAAUGUCCAUAGAACUGAAGGAAAAUACACGAGACAGAAGAGAAUGACCUAAAAAAAGAUGUCGGAGGAAAAUAUACCUAUACAUGAUGAAAUCGUCUACUGCCUUGGAGCUGCUACACAAGUUCUUAAAUGUGGGCCUUGGAGGGAUCUGCAUAAAACCUCAAAUGAAGCCCCACCUAAACUGCUGUUCUUCAUCAUUACAGGUAAUCCUGGAGUAGUCGGAUUCUACAGAACCUUCAUUCAGUCCUUGUACUGUGGAUUUAAGGGGAAAUAUCCAGUAUGGGCCAUCAGCCAUGCGGGUCACUGUUCACCACCCACUGGAAUGGAUCUGACUGAUGAACAUGACCACCAGAUAGAUGACGUAUUUGGCCUCAAUGGACAAAUUGAACACAAACUCUUCUUCUUAAAACAGAGUGUUCCAGCUGAUAUAAAGCUGGUUCUUAUUGGCCAUUCUAUCGGUUGUUAUAUCAUCUUGGAAAUGAUGAAGCGAUCUCCAGAACUGAAGGUUUUGAAAUCCAUUCUGCUCUUUCCAACUAUUGAGAGGAUGGCAGAGUCACCCCAGGGCAAGUUAGUGACGCCAUGGUUAUGUAACUUGCGGUAUGUGGUGUACAUGCCUCUGUAUCUACUUUCCUUCUUACCAGAAUUCAUGAAGACUUUUCUGGUGAAGUUAGCCCUGCAUGGCUUAAAGUCCGUGGAUGAACCCUUACUGGUGGCCGCACUGAACCUGUUCAACAUUGAGUGUGCCGCAAAUGGCAUGUACUUGGGUAGUCAAGAAAUGGUGAAGGUUGUUGAAAGGGACAAUGCCACGAUCAAGCAACAUUUAAACAAGUUGAUUAUCUACUAUGGGGCCACGGACAGAUGGUGCCCAGUCCAGUAUUAUGAAGAUAUUAAGAAGGAUUUUCCAAAAGGCAAUAUCUGGCUGUGCAAUAAGGGCUACAGACAUGCCUUCGUCUUGGACUCCAGCAAAGAAGUGGCUUCCUUGGUUGUUACCUGGAUGAGCGAACUGUCUUCUUCCAAGAAAUAUUUGUAAUGGUAUCUUCCAAGAAAUAUUUGUAAUGGUUUCUCAGGUUAGAGAUCAUAGAAGGAAGAGGGUUAUCAUAGCUUUGAUAUAUUAUAGGAUGAACUAUGGUUCUUUAAAGGGGUACUGGAAAACAUUUUUUUUCUUAUCAACUGGUGCCACGAAGUUAAACAGAUUUUAAAUUGUAAAUUGCUUCUAUUUAAAAAUCGUAUUCCUUCCAGUACUUAUCAGCUGCUGUAUGCUCCACAGGAAGUUAUUUUCUUUUUUGGAUUUAUUUUCUGUCUGUCCACUGUGCUCUCUGCUGACACCUCUUUCCAUGUCAGGAACUGUUCAAAGUAGGGGCAAUUCACCAUAGCAAACAUAUACUUCUCUGGACAGUUCCUGACAUGGACAGUGGUGAAAAAAUGUUUUCCAGCAGAGUACCCCUUUAAUUUAUAGCUAGAAUACACCUGACAAGCAUUCGUAUGUAAAAAAAAAAAAAAAGCCCAAAGGUGAAUAUUGGGAAAAAGGUCCAACUCAUGCAGUACUUUGGGUAAAUAAUUUGUGAUGAGGUUUGUAUUCUGGUGGACCAAAGGUAUAAAUUAUGGGAUCUGCAAUAGUUUAAUGUAUGGAUGGAAAUUACCCCCAAAAAAUGGUAGCUAUAAUCUUAGUAAGAUAUGAUCAUUUACAGUGAUUCAAUUUGUCAUGAACUUCUCGGCUCGGCAGUUGCUGACUUUAGCCUGCAUAAAUUGGUUCAGCUUUCAGGGGCUCCGGUG